UAUCGAUACUUGCGCGUGUUAUGCCAAAAAAAAAACAAAUCCCAAAACAACGCGCUCUUUUAUUUUAUUGUUUCAUGAGAAAAGUACCGCAAUAAGAUGGAUAUACUUUUGGCCAACGUAAACAGCCUCCAGUUUAAAGCGGAGCGCGACCUUAUCGAACAGGUGGGCGCCAUACCACUGCCGUUCUAUGGCAUGGACAAGUCCAUAGCCGCCGUCUGCAAUUUCAUCACAAAAAAUGGCCAAGAAUGCGACAAAGGAAGCGCCUGCCCAUUUCGGCACAUACGGGGCGAUCGCACCAUCGUCUGUAAGCACUGGCUGCGUGGUUUGUGUAAAAAGGGCGACCAGUGCGAGUUUCUGCACGAGUACGACAUGACGAAAAUGCCAGAGUGUUAUUUCUAUUCGCGUUUCAAUGCCUGCCACAACAAAGAGUGCCCGUUCCUGCACAUCGACCCACAGAGCAAGGUGAAAGACUGUCCGUGGUAUAAACGUGGAUUCUGCCGCCAUGGGCCGCACUGUCGACAUCAGCAUCUGCGGCGUGUGCUGUGCAUGAACUACCUGGCCGGCUUCUGUCCGGAGGGACCCAACUGCAAGCAUAUGCAUCCACGCUUCGAGCUGCCGCCCCUCGCCGAUCUCAGCAAGGAUCAACUGCACAAAAAACUGCCUACGUGCCACUAUUGCGGCGAGCUCGGCCAUAAGGCGAAUUCGUGUAAACAGUAUGUGGGCAGUCUGGAGCAUCGCAAUAACAUCAACGCCAUGGACCAUAGCGGUGACAAUAAUGAAGAUGGUGUUCCGAAUCAUCCACCACCACCGUUUAUCAAAGUGCCCACGCCGCUGGAGGAGAUCACCUGCUACAAAUGUGGACACAAGGGCCACUAUGCCAACAAGUGCCCCAAGGGUCAUCUGGCCUUCCUAUCGAAUCAACAUAGUCAUAAAUAGUUGUAAGCCCUGAAGUCCCUUUUGUACAUCUAAGAAUUCAGUUAAUAGUACAGAUUAAAUCUUCCGUCAAACCAUCAUGCAUGUCAACUGUCAUACAUUCCAGCGAUAACAAGCGACGAGUUUUCGAUAAAUUAUCGCUUCCACGGGCACAAUAACAAAUAAUUGUUCCGUAUGUUACAUUCAUUGUUUGAAUAUAUAAAUGCCUUACUCCUUAAACAACAUUGUAUGAAAUAGAGGUCUAAUUACUACGCGUAAUAAAACAGAAUCUAUUGUAAAACAUAUCUACAUUACGAUGAAGUAUCGAUACAUUACAAAAACCCGUUUUUUUCCCUAGAGGUAAUUUGUAAUAUGACUCAAAGAAACCUAACCUACUACAAGUCAUUCUUGUAAAAUCGCCACACCCCUUAAUAAAAAAACGAAUAUAAAUAAAUAACUUUUGUAUUCCCAAUAUUAAAGGGAAAUAAGUCUUUUGUAUUUAUCACUAUCGAUAAGAAAUACAUCGUUACUGCAAAUGCUAGUAACUGCAAACAAGUGAAAAUAUAUCGCUUAGCUGGCUACUUGCCUACGCAGUUUGCUGCGCUACACAAAAACAAAGUGAAAAAUAUUAUUGAAGAGUAAACAUCACUAAGGUGUAGUUUGCAUAAAACGUCUAGGAUCUAUUUUUUCGGUCAUCUUUUUAAAAAAA